CCCCUCUUAAAGAAUAGCCCAGACGUUAGAUCAAUGACACCUGCCAAGUUAUUUAACUCGCGAUCCCUGAGUAUGAUUAUGAUUUCGUAGUCAUAAAUCAUCAGUGGAGCAGAAAAUAAUCGGAUAACUCGAGGCCAGACCCUGUCGCAUCAACGUGACGUCAGGUAUCUCCAAAUCAUGCCUCUCGACUUGCACAUUGAAAUAUAUAGAGCAUGCUACAUUCAAUGAAAGAUAUUCUAGAUCUUCACCUAGGAUUUAUUUCUAUUUUUUCCAUAUCAACUUAAUUCGCUUCAGAGGAUCCAGCGGAACAUCACUCAUCAUGUCGUGCAGUUCGCAUACCGAUAAAAACAAAGACUUCCCCGUGAUGGACAACGGAGCAGCAGGAGAGCCUCUCCGAACAAAACAUCGCGUUCUAGAAACAGGUGCUGGCAUCCUCCAGGACUUUCAACCCGUCAAGCAAAUUUGUGCCUUUCUCAACGCCUUCCAUAUCUACGCCAACGAUCCAUCACGAUGCGUAGAGGCGAAUCAUUAUUGUUCUCAUAUCACUGAAGAUAUCCGACAAUGCUUGAUAUAUGAUUCCCCCAAGCCGAAUGCUAGGCUUAUUGGGGUUGAGUAUAUGGUCACUCCACGGCUGUAUGAAACGCUUCCGAGAGAGGAGAGGAGACUUUGGCAUUCUCAUGAAUUUGAAGUGAAGAGUGGCAUGCUGGUCAUGCCGGUUCCGCAGGGUGUGCCUGAACCAGUCUGGUCCAAGGCAGAGUCGUCAGAAAUGGAGGAGAUCAUCCCUUUGUACGGCAAGACAUUCCACUUCUGGCAGGUAGAUCGGGGCGAUACGGUGCCCUUGGGGAUGCCGCAGUUGAUGGGAAGUUUCGUCGACGAAGACAUGGUCAAGAGGACAUUCCCAAGUCUGGACAAGAUGAUUGAAGAUCGCGAUCAAAGAUUCCAUCUUGAUCACAAGACAAAGGCCAAGGCCAGGGAGUACAUUGAGAACCCGAAAAAGCAUCCUGAUGCUGAUGGAUUCUGGGAGGACUACGAGAACAAAAAGGCAAAAUAGAUGGUGAAAAUCGUAUGUGUGUCGACAGACUGAGUUACUACUGAAGGCGU